CUUGAGGCAAUGACAAUAUCAUCAUGCAAGUGAUCCAUCACAUGGGCCUUAUAAAUUGGUUUUCAAGUUUCAAUGCCUUAACAAUGUAGAUUUUAGGUCAUGUACUCUCACGCUUUGGAAACAUCUAUAAGGAAACAACCUUUUUUUUUUUUUUUCCUUUAUUUAAACAACAAAGUCAACAGCAUUGGCAUCAUAAGAAGGACAAUUGAAGUCAAUCUAAGGUAAAUUUAAUCAUCUUCGGUUGGGUAUUAACUUUCGCUCAUUUUGUCCGAGUUUUCUAUGGUGCUUUGGAAGCAUCUUAUAUUCCAAAAAUUUUACUACUAAAUUCUUUAUAAGAAAACAAAAACAAAAAACAACUAAGAUCUAAUUGCCAAAAAUCCUAAACUAUAAAAUACUCUUAUGCACAGUAGAAUUUUCGCAUUUUGUAAAGCAAAGAAGAAUUUUGAUUAGGUUAAAUAAAAAAAAAAAGUAAAAGAAACAAACUGAAGGGGGCAUAGCGGAGAAAAGUUGUGGGUGGCCGGGUUGCAACUUGCAAUGUUAAUUUCAACACAAGCAGAGUUCCCAACAAGCGACUUUUUAAAAUAAAGAGGCCAUUAGCGAGGGCAGGGAAGAGAAUUUUUGGGUGAGUUUUUUAUUCGAAGAUCUAAAACCCUAACUAACGGAUAAACUACUUUGCCUUCUUUUGCACUCUCAGAAAAAAAACCCUUGAAGAGCGUUUUGAGUAUUCUAAUAUACAAUGUUUUCUUCACAGCAAAGAAAUAUGAGAGUUGGUCUUCUGUAUUUCAUCUAUUUAUUCCUUCGAUCAAAAUAGAAUCUCAGAAGAUCUGUUCUUGUCACAUGUACGCUGCUUCAAUGGAUGUCGGUAUGUUCAAUAACCUUAAUACAGGAGGCCAGCGGAGAAAAUCAUCAUUAGCGCCGACUUCAUAUGGUGCGAAAAAUCAAGAUAAGCCAAAUGAUGAUGAUGAGAAAAAGAAGAUGAUGCAUAGAGAAAUUGAAAAGAAAAGAAGGCAAGAAAUGGCCAACCUUUAUGGAUCACUUAGAUCCGUACUUCCUCUUGAAUUUAUCAAGGGAAAGCGUUCGUUAGCGGAUCAUAUGAACGAGGCAGUGAAUUAUAUCAAACACCUGCAAAAGAGGAUCAAAAUAUUUGGUGCCAAGAGAGAUGAGCUAAAGAUGGGGUCCUCGUCCAAUUUGAGUGCUAGGAAUCUAGACCAUGGGAGCAGUGGUAGCUCAUCAACUUCAACAAGUACCCUAGUUGCAGUCCACCCUUGCUUAGCCGGCGUUGAGAUUGUAGUCAGUACCGACGGAUCUGCGGAGCAGUUUUUUCUCCUAUCACGAAUGCUGAAAAUACUUCUUGGACAAGGACUCAGUGUAAUCAGCUGUGCUACUGCCCAAGUUAACAAAAGGCUUGUCUACACCAUCCAAUCUGAGGUUAGCGAUCCAACAUGCAUAGACUUUUCUGGGUUGCAGCAGACUCUGACUGAAGUCUGUUAUCAUUGACUCCAUUUUUCAAGUAACAACAAAUACGUGUAGUUAAUUAGCUGCGUUUCCUACCUGAACAUUUCCAUAUGGUUCGAAGAGUGUCUAUUAGUUUGUGGGUUUUCUUCAUGGGAGAGACUCGUAGUGAAACUGAUUAACUGAAUUUUGCUCUGUUUGAUUUAUGUCUCAUACUUCACCUUACGUACUGUAAGUAUGGGUCAUAAAAUCUUUGAGCUUUUGGAGGUUAGGAUCAUGUGUUAUAUUGAAAGCCAUAUUUCCGAUGAAAAAUUUAUAUCAAUUGGGUGCUGUUGAUGUUGAAUCUGUUUCAAGGAUAGUUUCUUCUACGCAAAUUGUUUUCUCAAGUUGUACUAAUGAUGUUGAAUGUAGCAUUUGUAAUAGUUGUAUACAACCAUGUGCAUAUCUCUCCUCCCAUCACGUAAGAGGCAAAAAAUUGCUCAUAAGUGUUAACUAUUAUUGAUGGUUUAGUCAGAGAUUAAUGUAUAAUUCCUUACAAAUAAAAUGUUGCAUUGGAAAGUUACGUUCAGGCCAA